AUGAUGAAAGCCAAACGGCCGAAAUUCCACAAGGCAAGCUCUCAUUUCUACUUUGUCUCUCAAGCAUCAGCGAAGAAGUACGAGAAUAAACUGGGUCGGAUUUGGAUGGACGCAUCAUCAGGAAAUGAUUCUUUCCUUAGGGCGCUUAGACUCGAGAAAUGGCUGGAGCAGGCUGAGAAUUUUCUCUCACCAUAUUUGGAAAAGAAGGUCGUGGUAGUUGGACUGGUCGGCAAGGAUUCCCUUAAUCGUGCGAAAGGCGAAGACCUCAAUGAUUUGCUGCGGAUGGAUGUGUUUCCACGUUGGACAGACAGUGAAAACACAAUAUUCAAGCCUUCUAUUGCCUGGACAACAACGCUAUAUUCCUUGUUCUUAACGGGUAUAAUGAUUUUGCACAUCUUCGGCAAACUUUUUGCAUCCAGUCAUGACAAGAGUUUUUUCGAAAGAAUAGCUGAAAGUGAGGAGCUAGAAAUAAGAUUGCUUCACUACUUAUGCAUACUUUCCCAUCUCAUCAUUUUUGUGGAAAGCAGUACCCGUUUCGACAUCUCUCUUUCUGAUACGCUAUCCAACGUUAACAAGAUUAGAAAGAAUGUGAGAGAGUCAGUCAGCGAAAAGCUCGAAGAGACAUCUAAUGAAGCGCCAGAAUGGAUCAGGGAAGGACGUAUUGCCCUUCCCCGUAUUCUGUUUGCUUUUCAACGCAACAUCAUUCGCAAUGAACUCGGUUUUGUCAAAAAGCGUGAAAUAUGCGAUAAAUUGGAGCACAAUUUGGAAUCGCAGAUAUAUUCUGUGCUCAAAUGCUACAGAUUGGUAGAGCAGUCUAGCGGCGACUCUCUGGGAUACGUGCCUGAGAAUGACGCGUUUGUCAAUGUGAUGCAGCCUGUGCUGGUGAAUGUGAACCCUUUGGCCGACAUUCUUCAAAUAGCUUUAGGGAAAGACUUAGUUGAAGAUGGAGACGAUAAAUCAGAAAAAACACCAUCUUUCACGAGAUUUUUGCGUACGCACAUCGAUUCUCUGAGAGCGAGUAAAUCGAAAAUCUAUGAGGUUCCCAAACUGGAGCUCUGGGUGAAAUACGCACGAGCUUUGCUAGACCUCAUAAAGCCAGACUCUGAAAUGUUAACAAGAAAGCUGCUCAACCAAUACGUCAAUAGGCAGUUGCAGUUUACUAGAAUGCUCAAUGCUAAGCACGUAAAGGAAGCGAUUGCUCGGUAUACUGGAGCGUCUUCUGGCUUCGGUAAAGGGAAGGCCAUAACUGAUCGUGCUCGAAACCAAGUCGUGUUCACUAAAGCAGAACAUGAUGAGAAGGUUGCUAUGGCCAUAGCAUAUCUUGACGCUGUUUUGGUUGGCAAUCGGGAUGAAGCUGUCGCUCAAAUUCGAGCCGCGUGCGACAAUCUCUGGCAAGGCGGAAUGCGUGGUUGUGAGCAAGUAUCGAUGACUGGCAACCGCUGUCAGUUGAAGGUUCAUCCAACCGUAGGCGAUGCCUCUGUAGAUCCAUCUGCGUGGGAAAUGCAUUCGAACGACAUCACGUAUUUAUCUACAUGUUCUUGUGGUCGGCGACAAGCAGUGCGCAGAGAUCCGAAGCGAAUUAUGACUUCUACUUCGAGAAUAAGGUGUUCUCAUGCUGCGCAGGUUUGGAAAAACACGUGUUCGCUGUACUGGAGGACGAUGAUACCUGAUGUAGAGAAGGGUUUGUGGCCAGUUAACGAUAACUGGGAUGAGGGCGAAGGUGGUGGCUCCAAUCCUUUGUUUCCUGUGACAGCAGCUAUGUCGCGUGAUCGGCAAAAUUCAGCAGAGGACCAUCAUCCCGUGGAAGUGGACGAAGAAGAGGGAACUGGAAGUGACACAGGCGAAGAUUCGGUGAGCAAUGCCGAACCUGAUCCGAUUGAAAGCUCUUCUCAAUCUUCGCAAGAUGACGAUGUUCACUAUCGCAAUACGCGGUCUUAUUUGGACGAUGAAGCAGUUUCAUUUGUGAAGAAUCCUCAUACAAAGUUGGACGAGGCUGCUAUUGCUUUCGAAGCUCGACUGAAGAAGCUGAGGGCGAAGCAGGUUCCAUUCCUGGAAGGUGUGCCACACUCACUGUCACCAGCGUUGCCCCCUCUUUUCCCAUCGUGGACGCUUACCUGCAUCGGUCCCAAUAACUAUUACACGCAUUCCUAUGGUCUCCGUGAUCAGCCGAAUCUGAAGUUGGGUGGAGAAUACCUAUAUCCAGUCACAGUGCAACUUGAGGUUGAUCCUGUAGUUUGGGAUCGAGACAUGCAAUAUGUGCAAGCUGUAGAAGGUGUCUCAUCCCGUGCUCCUCCUCGGAAAGCACGGCGAUUGCCAGCAGAAAUAGAGAAGGUAAAGCUUUUUGUCGGGAUGGAAUACGAGUGUCCUCGUGGUCAUCGUUUCUUUGUAGCUGAAAAUGGAGAGCCUCUCCGACUGCCAAAGGUUAAACUCAAGCAGUGUUUUUGUUUUCUUCAAUUUUUGCUCUUACGGGAAUGUAGUGCGUGUGCUGCCAUGAAG